CUUUGUUUACAUAUUUUGCUUAAUUUACCUGUUGUGCGAGGUGGUCAGUCGUAAAACAUUCCUCUCCGCUUUUGGAGUAUUCUCAACGUGUAAAUCAACUGAAACUUUGUCUUUCUGCAAUGAAUUUCUUACAGAAAGUUAAAAACGUGGUCGUGGACUCGAAGGUGCUGUCGACGACGGGUCUUUUGCGUCAUUCAUCGCAUUUCGUCUACCAACCGGAUGCUAAGGCUCCCGUCGAUGGUCCCACGCAGAAGAUGAACAUGUUUCAGGCGAUUAACCAAGCGAUGGAUAUUGCAUUGGAGCAGAACGAGUCGGCACUCGUGUUCGGCGAGGACGUGGCUUUCGGUGGGGUGUUCCGCUGUUCGAUGGGACUGCAGAAAAAGUACGGAAAGCAUCGCGUGUUCAACACCCCCCUGUGCGAGCAGGGUAUUGCCGGUUUCGCAAUCGGUGUGGCAAACACGGGUGCAAAGGCAAUCGCUGAGAUGCAGUUUGCCGACUACAUCUUUCCUGCCUUCGAUCAGAUCGUCAACGAAGCGGCCAAGUAUCGUUAUCGAAGUGGAAAUCUGUACGACUGUGGGUCUCUAACGUUUCGUGCGCCAUGCGGUGCUGUUGGCCACGGUGCGUGCUACCACUCGCAGAGUCCCGAAGCCUACUUUGCACACACGCCGGGAUUGAAGGUGGUCGUACCGAGGGGUCCGAACAAGGCCAAAGGACUUCUACUGGCUUGCGUGAAAGAUAACGACCCUUGCAUUGUGUUUGAGCCGAAAACAUUAUACCGCGCGGCCGUCGAGGAAGUUCCGGUUGCUCCGUUCGAAUCCCCGAUCGGAAAAGCCGAUAUCUUGCGCGCCGGAACCGACAUCACGUUGGUUGGCUGGGGAACGCAAAUUCACGUGCUGCAGGAGGUUGCCAACAUGGCCAAGAAGCAACUGGAUGUGAGCUGCGAAGUUAUUGACUUGGUGUCCAUCCUGCCCUGGGAUAAGGAAACUGUUUGCAACUCGGUUAAGAAGACGGGACGCGUUCUGAUAGCCCAUGAAGCACCACUCACGAACGGAUUCGGAGCAGAACUGGCCGCCACCAUACAGGAGGAAUGCUUCCUUCACCUCGAAUCGCCGGUGAUGAGAGUUACCGGCUGGGACACACCGUUCCCGCACGUAUUCGAACCAUUCUACAUUCCCGACAAGCAUCGAUGCCUAGCUGGUAUUCGUAAACUUAUCGAUUACUAGGAAAGAAGAUCAGGCAACACUCAACAUUUUCUGUUGAUGCCAAAGUUCCAAUGGUGUUGAUUCAAAAUCAGCAACCACAAACCUGAUAACUGAUGCAUUUAUUCCGAGUCUAAAACGUAAUGAAACGUAACGUGGUUUCGUAACUUUUCCUAUGUUUGUUGUAUAACAACUCGUACUCACGUACUAUUUGUGCCUUAAUAAAGUCUUCCUGUUGCAUAUUUUCUAUCCCUGUUGAA